AUGGUGUUGGCGCAGCUGCCAGCCCUCCCGGUGCCCCCAUCAUGGUUCCCGGGACACAUGAUGAAGUUCACGCGGAUGCUGCCCGCUUUGCUCAAGAGGACGAACGUCGUUCUCGAAAUUCGAGACUCGCGGCUUCCGUUGACGAGCAUUAACAGAACCCUCGAAGGUGCGUUGAAGAAGUGGAGGCUGGAGCGUGGAUGGGACCCGAAUCAUCCCGGACGCCGUACUAUCGCCGUUGAAGCUUGUGAGCACAUCGUUGUGCUGAACAAGCGCGACUUUGUCCCUGAAUGGGGCAUGGAGCCUUUUCGUAAGGCGAUGGCAAAGAAGUUUCCUCAUCAGCAGAUGCUCUUCGCAUCGUGGCAGCGGCCGCGGGAUAUUCGCAAUCUCAGCGAGAUCCUAGUGAACAUAGCUAAGGAUUAUCCUCAUGCCAUGGAGUUAAACGUCUUAGUCAUCGGCAUGCCCAAUGUAGGCAAGUCGACAUUGCUGAACGCCCUCAGAAACAUGGGCAUCAGAGGUCCGACGCCAAAAGCUUUUCAGACUUCAGCCAACCCGGGGAUGACGCGGGCCCUGUCCACACGGCUGAAGCUGUCGCUCGAUCCUUUAGUCUAUGCGUUCGAUACCCCGGGCAUUAUGCUGCCCUUCCUUGGCCGUGGGGAGGAGGGUGCCGAGAGAGGGGUUAAACUCGCACUCAUAGCGGGCAUCAAAGAAGGACUCUAUGAUACGGAUGCCUUGGCUGCGUAUCUACUGUACAGACUCAACGUCCUGAAUCCCAUCGCUCCCGCAUAUUUGUCCUUGCUUCCCGCUGGGUCAGCUCCCACCUCGGAACUAAGCGAGUUUUUGGAGCUGCUCGCCAGACGGAUGGGCAUGAUCAAGCGUGGCGCAGAGGUAGAUCUCGCUCGGGCUGCAGUUUAUUUCGUCAGGUGGUGGCGCGAACAGGGCGGCCUUUUGGCUGCCUCUUCGGCACUCUCGCCCGGCGCUAGCGCACCGCCGGGCCAAGCGCCGAUCCAAGGGUGGGGGUUCGACUUCCAGUGGGACGUCCUCCCAGAGGACACCCUGCCAGGUAGGGACCCGGCGCUGGUUAUCCAGGAAAAAAUGGAGCGGUGCAUCGACGACUACCUCACCAAAAGCAACAGUGAGGAAGCCGACGAAAAUAAUGUCAGCCCCACGCAGCUCAAGAAGAAAGCAAUACUGGAGGAGAAGGAGAAGCGUAGGCUGAAACACGCGGCGAAGCGGCAGCAUUGA